AUCACUGAAAUCGAUAAGAUGUAUUUCUAAGAUAUUAAAUUAUAAUUUUUAUUGGGUACGAAAUUGUGUUGAAUCCCGUAAACACGCUUAUAAAUAAAUUAUACAACGUGCAUAUAGGGUACGUACCAGCUACUGUAUAAUAAUAAACGAUCCAAGAUUUCAUUUUAGAUUAAUAUUUCUUCGGUCGCACCCCCGAAAAAUGCACGUCAAUAAUAUAAAACGUUUUUUAAAUUAAUAAGUUUGGUACUAUACAUACAUUAUGUUUAUCGAAUUAUCAAAGUUUAUAAGCAUAACGUAAAAUGAUGGCAACCCCUUUAUGCAUAUCUGAUUUCAAAACUUAAGAGCACACACACUAUUCAUACCAUCGGCUGUGUCUUGGUGGAGUAUUUUAUUUUCCACUCGGCUGUAUAAUAUAUAUACCUACCUAAAGCGUAUAUUUCUCUUAAUAAUUAUAAUGUUCUACGGUAAUUUCCUCGUUUAAUACGGAUGAGAUUCUACGCGUUACUCUUCCGUCCACCGCUUAAAAAUCGUAAAUUUCCGCCGAAAACCUAUACGGCGUAUGACGCACGAAAAACUUAUUCAUAUACAAUUGAGCUAUCGUAUUGUAUUUUAUGAUCAUAAUUGUUAUUUGCCUUUCUAUUAUGAUUUUGUUCGACGUAUAAUUAUAAUUUAUAUUUACUUCCUACGCGAAUGCAUCUCUGAUAAUAUAUCGGACAUGUAUUCUAAAAACUAAACAAAGAUCUCGUGUAGCGGCUGUAACUGUAUGUAUAUUGUUAUUUUUUAAUAAUAUUCUAAGGCCGACGGACAAAGGGCGCAAAUUACUGUUUAUCGUGAUAUCGAAUUAAACUCGAAGCUUUUCAACCGACCGCGUUAGCACGAUUUAAUAACUUGUUUUACACGCAUUUUCUCGACGAAGGCAUUCAAUUUAAUCACCUUCAAGAAUACUGCUGCUGUACACCUAUAUUAUAUAUUUUUCACAGCGCCAAAAAAAAAAUAAUAACAGUUGAAGUGAGGAGAUGUUGGUGAUGGUGGCCGUGGUGGUGGUUGCGGCUACCGUAAUAUACAGUAUACGGGGCCGCGUAUAGCUUAUAUAAUAUAUAUAGCGACUAACGUUUUUAUCCUCUGCGUGACCUACAUUUUAGAAAAAAUAAUAUCACACAAGUCGGCUUAUUAUUAUUAUUAAACGUAUAAUGAAAAGUUAAAUUUUAUGUAUAUUAAAAUAAUAAUAACAACGUUUAGUCCGCCGCCGGGUCGCAGCUUUCGACCACGAAAAGUAGCUGCAGUAGCUGUUGUUGCUGGGCUGCAGCGGCGGUGGUGGUGCUGUCUGACUGGUUCCAGGGGUAGUGCGGUUAUACAUUGUGUUAUUAUUAUUACUAUUUUUAUUAUAUUCCUAGACACCUACCCACCACACCCGUGUAAAGCUAACCUCGCGAUUACGUAAUGCAUUUUUUUUAGCUCAUUGUCUACAAAAUCGCUGUUGUUAUAAUUACACCAUUGUGUAAACGCUGUAAACAUGGUAUAAAAUUAAAACUGUAUAUUAAUUAAACGCGACGUGCGUACAUUAUAUACUUAUAUACACAUACAUACAAUAUAAUAUAUAGGUGUGUGUGUGUGUACAGUGUACCGGUGUUUGUAUACAGGUGUCAUGUAUUAUAUUAUAUGAUAUUAGUUUGUAUAUAGAUGACAAAACGGUGGUCGCGCGCAGGAUACGCCGAGACUGGCGACAGGAAAAAAAAAGAUAAUAAUAAUAACACAGGCGUCAAAUUAUAUCAACUAGGUACCUACAGAAAUGAAAAACUUCUGUUUCAUUAGUGUAAAAGCUUUUGAAGAACGGCACUGCAGCGUAUAUAUACAUGUAUAUUAUAUGUAUAUUAUAUACAUAUAUACGCACGUAUAUACAUAAUAGUUAUAGAUAUCCCAUCAUCGUAGACGUCCGGUUUUUAUCGGGCUAUUGAAUACACUUAUAUUUUGAAAACGCUUUUCUAUGAUAUGUGUAUACACCGAAAGAGUUAUACUGGACGGUUGGUCCGUAUUUCACCUUUCUUAUAGGACACACAAUUCAUAUGUACAUUAUUUAUAUAUGCGUGUGGCGUGUUCCUGCGUGUAUAUGUAUAUUAGGUAUGUACUGUUUUAACUCGCUCACUCUUAUAUUUCUGUUUUUUUUUCUUCUAGCGGGCCUAUCUGCUUUUGGUGAAGGUGCAAAACCUGGAUCUGCUCCACGGAAUAUUCAAGUACGUUUGCUUAGCUCAAGCACGAUGGUCAUACAAUGGGAAGAACCCGAGACGCCAAAUGGUCAAGUGAUUCGGUAUAAGGUGUACUACACUGUGAACCCGGACCAGCAACUGUCGUCGUGGAAUACUAUGGUAGUUGACAACAAUCAGCUGACCACCAUCAACGAACUAACACCUCUAUCCGUUUACACCAUACGAGUUCAAGCGUUCACUAGCGUCGGACCCGGCCCUUUAUCUUCGCCGGUUCAGGUUAAAAUGCAACAAGGAGUGCCCAGUCAACCAAGAGACCUGCGAGUGAACGAAAUCGGUGAAACGUCUAUUGGACUCCAAUGGGCUAAACCCAAUCAAGUCGGCGAACAAAUUCUCAGCUAUGAACUCUACUGGAACGAUACAUACGCCAAGGAAAAGCAUCAUCGGCGCAUACCGGUAUCGGAGAACUACUCGUUGACCGGACUAUAUCCGAACACGCUAUACUACGUGUGGCUGGCGGCAAAAUCGCAACGCGGCGAAGGAGCACCGACGCCGCCGAUCCAGGUCCGGACCAAACAAUACGUGCCCGAAGCGCCACCGCAGAAUGUGACCGCCGAGGCCGUUAGCCCCACGUCGAUCCAGGUCCAGUGGCAGCCUCCGAUGUCCGACCGGAGCAACGGCCAGAUAAUCUACUACAAGGUGAUGGCCGCGGAGAGCGGUAUGUCUGACUCGGAAGCCGAUUCGUUCCGGGUGGAGAACGUCACUGCGUACACGCUGGAAGGCCUGAGACGGUGGACCGAGUACAAGAUUUGGGUGCUGGCGGGCACGUCCGUCGGCGACGGUCCGUCCUCUUUCCCGUUAACGGUUCGCACCCGCGAAGACGAAAUGAAUAUGCCAGGACCUCCUACCGACGUCAAAGUACUGCCCGUCAACUCGACGACGAUACACGUGCAGUGGCGACCACCCACCGAAGAGGACCGUCACGGAAUCAUUAGAGGCUAUCACAUACACGUCCAAGAAGCCAAGCCCGAGGGCAAUGCGCUGCUCAACGAACCGUUGAGAUUCGACGUUACGGACGCACUAGAGAGCAACGUCACCGGCCUGCAACCGGAUACCCUGUACGCGAUCCAGGUGGCGGCCAUCACUCGUAAGGGCGACGGCGACCGCAGUUAUCCUGCCAAAAUCAAAACACCCGGCGGCGUACCUGUUCGGCCCGUCGUGAACCUCAAGGUUUUGGAACGAGAACCAAAGGUCAAUAUCGAACUAGAAUGGACCAGGCCGACGAACACGUAUGGCGAACUGUUGGGAUACAAAUUGCGUUACGGGAUAAGGGGACAAGAAAUGUUGGAGAUCAUGUUGACUGAGAACAAGAGGCGCAUCACUGAUUUAGAACGCGGCGUUGAGUACGAAUUUCAUAUAUCUGGUCAAAACCAAGUGGGCUUUGGCCAAGAAGCCACAGAGUACUUCAACACUCCCGAAGGCCCACCGACUGGUCCGCCGAUAAACGUGUCGUACGAAUUUCAAACACCUGACGUGGUUUGUGUAGUGUGGGACGAACCGUCUCGCGAACAUCGCAACGGACAGAUUAUCCGCUACGACGUACAGUUUCACAAAAAAAUUGAUCAGUCGACCAUCACACAUAGAAAUACCACACUGAAAAAGGCGGUAUUUUCUGGUCUAGAAGAAGCCACAGAAUAUGUUGUCACAGUUAGAGCAGUGACUGCUGAAGGUGAAGGACCGUGGAGUCCACGUAUGACCAUAAACACUACCAGAGAAAUGGUUCGUGCUCCCAUGGGUGUUAAGGCUGUAGCAACAUCAGAUCAAAGUAUACAAGUGUGGUGGGAAGCCGUCCCAGUGCGAGUAAAAAUUAACGGUUAUCGUAUUUACUAUACGAUGACAGCAGUUGAAGAUCUCAAUCAAUGGAAUGUAAAAGAUGUCCCUGCCACUGAAUCCACAGAUCUUGCUAAUCUUGAAAAAAUGGCACAGUAUGCUAUAGCAGUGGCAGCGCGCAUCGAUAAUGGUUUUGGAAGACUGUCCGAGAAAAUCACCGUCAUAGUAAAACCAGACGAGGUACCAUUAAACUUGCGUGCAUCAGAUGUAAGCACCCACAGCAUGACUUUAUCAUGGACUCCGCCUAUAAAAUUAAAUCCAAUCGGGUACAAGAUCUCAUUUAAUGCAGUUAAAGAAUUUAGAGAUUCGCAGGGCGUAACCCAGUUGCAAAUGGUACCAACUCGAAUAAUAGAAUUGGAUAAAUAUGUUUUGAGCCAUACAAUCGAUGAAUUAUCUCCAUUUAUAAGCUAUGCUGUAAAUGUUAGUGCUGUACCAUCUGACCGUAGCUAUAGACCCCCUUCAAGAAUUACUGUUACCACUCAAAUGGCUGCUCCACAACCAAUGGUCAAACCUGACUUUUUUGGCGUUGUAAACAUGCAGAAAAUACACGUUAUAUUACCUCAAGCAUCAGAAGAAUAUGGUCCAAUUUGUCAUUAUUACGUUGUAGUUGUUCCAGAAAAUCCAGACACUGCGCUUAUGAAUCCAGAUGAGUUUUUAAAUCAAAAACUUGUUGAAAUUUCCCAACAAGAGUUAUUAGCUGAGGGUGAGCCUUAUAUCGCAGCUAAAUUCCCUCAUAGAACCAUACCUUGGACAUUUUACCUAGGCAAUGGUGAGACAUACGAUGGAUUCCUCAAUCGAAAACUAGACCAAAAUGUGAAGUACAGAAUAUUUGUUCGAGCAUUCGUUGACACCCCACAAAAACAUUUAUACACAUCUAGUCCAUUCUCUGAGCCUAUUUCGUUGGAAAUGCGUGAGGUUGGCCCUGAAGAAGUACCCAAGCGACCUGAAUUAAGAGAUAUGAACCUUCCUAGCAACACGGGCUCUAGUGGGACAACAAAUGAUCAUGUGAGUGUCAGAAGCAGCGCCACUCCACCAGGAUUGUUAUGGCUGGUUGGACCUGUAAUCGCUGCAAUAUUGCUGACUGCGGCAUUAAUAUUAUUAUUUGUGGUUAAGAAGCGCCGCCGGCCGAGCAAGUACGGCGAGACGUCAGGUGUUACGAAACCGCUGAUCGGCAACUCGCACCCGAACAAUGACCCGGUGGAACUACGCCGGUUGCAGUUCCAAACGCCGGCGAUGGUAUCGCACCCGCCGGUGCCCAUCAACUACCUGGCACAGCACAUCGACCUGCUGAAGGCCAACGACAACUUCAAGUUCUCGCAGGAAUACGAGUCGAUCGAGCCGGGCCAGCAGUUCACGUGGGACCACUCGAACAUGGACGUCAACAAGCCGAAGAACCGGUACGCGAACGUGAUCGCGUACGACCACUCGCGGGUGGUGCUGCAGCCGCUCGCCGACGGUCCGCCGGGCAGCGACUACAUAAACGCCAAUUACUGCGACGGUUACCGGAAGCACAACGCGUACGUGGCCACGCAGGGCCCGCUGCAGGAGACGGCCGGUGACUUUUGGCGCAUGUGCUGGGAGGUGCGUACGUCCACCAUCGUCAUGAUGACCAAGCUGGAGGAGCGCACCCGGGUCAAGUGCGACCAGUACUGGCCGGCGCGCGGCUCACAGGCGUACGGGCCAAUCACGGUCGCGCUGGUCAGCGUCCAGGAGCUGGCCACGUACGUGGUCCGUUCGUUCCACCUGACCCGAUCCGGCGACGCGGAGACGCGCGAGGUGAAGCAACUGCAAUUCGGCGCGUGGCCCGACCACGGCGUGCCCGACCACCCGGCACCGCUGCUACAGUUCAUGAAGCGCGUGCGGGCCGUCAACCUGGUCGAGUCCGGCCCGGUAGUGGUGCACUGCAGCGCGGGCGUCGGCCGCACCGGCUGUUUCAUCGUCAUCGACGCCAUGCUGGAACGGGCCAAGAACGAGCACAGCGUUGACAUUUACGCGCACGUCACGUGCCUCAGGGCCCAGCGCAACUACAUGGUCCAGACCGAAGAACAAUAUAUAUUCAUACACGACGCUCUCUUGGAAGCCGUUACUUGCGGCGAAACGGAAGUGUCCGUACGCAACUUACCCAUGCACAUCCAACAGUUGUCCCAGAUGGACGUUGGAACGACCGUCACCGGAAUGGAACUCGAAUUCAAGAAAUUAACGUUGGUCAAAAGCGAAUUCUGCCGAUUCGUCAGCGCCAGUCUGCCCGUGAACAAGCCGAAAAACCGUUUAGUGCACUUGUUGCCGUAUGAAAACACCAGAGUGUGUCUGAGCGGUGGAUCGUCAAGGGGCAUGGAAGGAUCGGACUACAUAAACGCCAACUUCAUAGACGGGUACCGGCAGCGUGGGGCUUACAUCGCGACCCAGGGACCGCUGCAGAUUACAACCGACGACUUUUGGCGUAUGCUGUGGGAACACAACUCCACCAUCGUGGUCAUGCUCACGAAACUGCACGAGUUGGGAAGGGAGAAAUGCUACCAGUACUGGCCGUCCGAACGGUCCGUCCGGUACGAUACGUUCGUCGUCGAGCCCAUAACCGAAUACAACAUGCCGCAGUACAUACUCAGGGAGUUCAAGGUGACCGACACGAUCGAUAACGGUUCGCGGACCGUCAGGCAAUUCCAGUUCACUGACUGGCCGGAACAGGGCGUGCCCAAGUCGGCCGAAGGGUUCAUAGACUUUAUCGGGCAAGUGCACAAGACGAAAGAGCAAUUCGGACAAGAAGGUCCGAUCACCGUCCAUUGCAGCGGCGGCGUGGGCAGGACGGGCGUGUUCGUGUCACUGAGCAUCGUGUUGGAGCGGAUGCAAUGUGAGGGCGUAAUCGAUCUCUUCCAGACCAUCCGGAUUCUGCGGACGCAGCGUCCGGCCAUGGUUCAGACGGAGGAACAGUACCAGUUCUGCUAUCAGGCGGCCCUCGAGUACCUGGGGUCUUUCGACCAAUACUCCGACUGAGACAGGCCAGACGUGUUCACCUACACUGAGCACGCGGUUUGAGAAAAUAAAAUGUAAUACAAAUAUUAUUACGUUUACAAACGCGCACGUGGAAAACCGGAACGCCGCCGUCGCCGCCACAUAUAGAUUAUUAAUACUAUUAUUAUUACUAUUAUAAUUAUUAAAAUUAUUAUUAUUAUUUUAGUCGGCUGUAUAUAUAUAUAGACAUACUAUACUAUAACGUAUGUAUAAUGUAAUAGUCUUAUAUACGCACUCGCACACAAUUUAGUGUCUGCAGUGUCCGUCUGUUGUAAAAAAAUCUAGUCUCGAAAUACAUCACAUACAUACACUCACCCACACUACGAACACACAAUCGCACACAUGUAUGUAACGGGUUUGGGGGGUUGGAAAUGACUUUUAUGCCUCGCCAUGUACGCGUGCUUUGAUAAUAUUGUGUAUUAGUCGUGAUAAUAAUAAUAUUAUUAUUAUUAUUAUUACGAUAUUAUGCAAAUAGUACAAUACGCGUGAACGGGGUCGACCGCUCUUUUUGUACUUAAUACCCUAUACUUUUUUUCCAAGUUUUUUUAUUCGUUUUUUAUUACUCGACUCGCGUAGCGACGACGAAUGACGAUACGACUACCUCCUCUCCCCCCCCCCCGACCGUUGGCCGAUUCGCGGUUCGAACCGAGUGCGGUGGUACUGAUCAAAAUAUAACCACCCCGGUAUAAUAAUAUUAUCGAUACGUCGUACUGCAAUCAUCAGCUAUACCGUACGGUUUUAUUUCACGCAUAAUAUUAUAAUUAUCAACGUUACAUUUCAUGAUAAUAACGAUAUGAUGAUAGUAUUAUGUACCUACCUACAUGUGUGUGUGCUGUGUAUGUAUCGACAAUUUUUCUAGGGAUCGUGUAUAGACCGAAAACUUUCGUAACGUGUAUAUUUAGACAAUUUUUAAACUCAUAGUGACUCGAUAUCGUUGUAUAAAAAAAAAAUCCAUCGACUGAUGUAUUUAAGGAUAAUACCUUUUUGUGUUCCAUGGUUAAUUUUAUACUUAUAUAUAUUAUUUGUAAUAUUAUUAUUUUUAUUAUUAUUUUUUACUUUUUUAACUUCUAAUUAAGUUCGAUUUUUUUUUUUUUAUCAUUAUUAUUAAUCUUAUAGUUGGAGGUUAACGUUCUUCGUCCGACUUUAUUAUUAUUAUUAUAUUAUUAUUUUUUUUGUUUUCUUUUGUACCCGUCUCUACUAUUGUUUUUAUUUUUUUUUUCUUAUCCUAAUUUGUGUUACCAUCCCCUCUCCCCACCCGGAGGAUAUUUCGACCGAUGAUGAACAUCACUUUUGCGUUAAAUAUUUGUACUAUUUUUUUUUAAUAUUUGUAAAAAAUAAAAACAAAAAAAGACAAUAUUAUACAAACGUACCCGUCCUUGAGGAUAAGCGUGUUAGCAGCAUAUUUCUAUCCAGUUUGCGUUGCUCGUACGUUUUUUCCACCCCUUUUUCUAUUAACAUUUCGGAGUCGCUCACGCUUAAUUGAAAAACAAUACAAUCACUCUUGCAAACAUUUGCUUUUUCUAUGCUUGUAUAGGUAUAAAAUAUGUUAUACACACAAAUCGGUCGGUUAACCGAAUAAUCGUUUCGGCAUAUCAUAUUAUAUAAUAAUAAUAAUUAAAAAGAAGAAAAAAAGAUUAAAAAAAAAAGAUAAUCGUUAUCCUUGGGCAACAUGUUUCUCUUUUGUACAUAGUAUUUAAUGAUUAGGACACAUUGAUUAUUAUUAAAAUAUAAAAUUGUAUAAACAAAUGAAUGACAAAUUCUGCGAAGUGAUUAUUUAAUGUUGUUGGCGAUUUGAUAGUUGAAAAUUGUAUUGUAAAAAAAAAUAUAUUUGAAGGUAAAUUUAAUAAUAAUAAAUUUUAUUUGUCACCAGCCAAACGGUCCAUUAUUAGAAUAUCUAAUUGAUUACAUUGUUUAUAGAAAUAUUAAAGAAAAUAAAGAUAAUAUGGAUUUGACAAUUUUA